AUGACUUUUCUUGCGGGAGAUGAGCUUGCCUUUGUGCCAGCGGCACUGUGUCGUGAAACGCUCUCGCCACUGUGGGGGCGAUCAACGAGCCGCCGGCACUCCGGGAGGACUGGUUUGGCUUGUACUCCAAGUUCGCGUGCACAGCGAGCAACGCUGCUGAUGCGGAAGGUCGACGAAGCGCCUAAAGCGAGUAAAAGCGCACCUGAAAUUGUAGAUGCGACUCCAGCAAACGAGUCUGUAACUGUUGAACUGGGAGAGAAACUGCAAAAGGUAUUGGAAAGCAUCGAGAAAAUACCCGAAGCAAUUUCGAAGAAAAUAGCUAAUUUCGACGUGGAAAAGUUUUCUCGUGAUUCAGCUGCAUACUGGAAAAGAGUCUUAGACAACACGGUGGCCGGCGAAUGGUUCAAUCGCGGUGAGACUUACGUUGUUAUACAACUUGCUCUCAUACUACUGAUUUUGCGCGAUCCAGGAGCACUUGAUCCCGUCUUCGGUUUCCUUAUGGGGCCUGUGCCUCUUUUCCUGGGCAUAUACGUUGUCGUGCAGGCUAUCCGAGAGCUCGGUCCUGAGAAUUUUGUGCCUUGGGUGAAGCCGCCGGCGAGCGCCGCUCUGAAAACUGACGGCUUGUACGGCCUCAUGCGGCAUCCGAUCUAUACUGGGAUAGUUCUGACCAGUUUUGGAUUUUCAACGGUUUCGCAUUCUCCGGAACGUUUAGUUUUAACGUUAGCGCUGUUUUACUUCUUCACUCGCAAAGCAACUGAAGAGGAGAAAUAUCUUAUUGAGCGCUUCGGCAAAGAGUAUGAAGAGUAUGCCGCGCGAGUGAAGGCUUUCAUUCCAAACGUGUUUUAA